AACAACUUUACAAUACUCCUUUACUCUUUGUAUUGUACUCUUUGGUAGAAGUAAAGGACCAGAGGACUAGAGCUAGAACCGGUGAAUGUUAAAGAAUUGCUAUUUAUUAAAAAUGAAUGAGAAUAGACAAACAAAUCAAACAAACAUAUUUAAUAAUGCAAAGGAAAUAGUCAAAGAUAUAGGGAGUGCUGCAUUUACUGUAAUCAAUGUUUUUUUCUUUAUAACGCCGCUGACAGCAUUUGUGUGUUAUUUUAUGUACAAAGUGUUUAUAGUACCACCUAAAUUACCAGAAAUUGAUAUGAAUGAAUACUGGGGUCCAAACCCAAAUGAUCUUACACCAGAUUUGGAAAUAACACCUUUUAAAAUUGAGUUCUCGGAUGUAAUGAUACAUGACCUCAGAGAGAGACUCCUCCAUUGCAAGUCAUCUGCAUCACCUCCAGAGCAAACUGGAUUUACUUAUGGCUUCAACACAAACUUUCUGACAAGAGUACUUGAUUUUUGGAAGAAUAAUUACAACUUCAAAGACAGGGAACAAUUCUUUAAUAAGUACAAACAUUUCAAAACUAAAAUCCAAGGCCUGGAUAUCCACUUCAUACAUGUUAAGCCAGACGCAAAAGAUAUUACGGUUGUGCCUCUUUUAAUGAUCCACGGUUGGCCAGGCUCCGUAAGGGAGUUUUAUGAAGUAAUACCAAUAUUAACAAAGCCUAUGCCCAGAAAAAACUUUGUCUUUGAAUUAGUUAUCCCAAGUUUGCCUGGAUUUGGAUUUUCACAAGGUGCUUUCCGACCAGGUCUGACCACAACUAAGAUGGCCGUAGUGAUGUUAAAUCUGAUGAAGCGACUUGGCUAUGGGAAGUUCUAUGUACAAGGAGGCGAUAUCGGUCACUAUGUGGGAUCGGCCAUGGCAACUAUGUUCCCCAAUUACAUACUAGGAUUUCAUACAAACUUCCCGACUUUGAUGUAUAAUCAGUUGGCUACCCUGUGCAUAUAUAUAGGUUCAGCUUGGCCACGUAUACUCGUGGAAGCGGAGUUUGUGAGCAGGUUGUAUCCAUAUUCUCAACAAUUACAAAAGUUGAGAGAGUCUGGAUUUUUGCAAGAAGAAGCCACCAAGCCUGAUACCAUGGCUGCGGCAUUAUCUGAUUCUCCGGCUGGUCUUGCGGCAUACAUCUUAGAAAAAUUCGCUGCCUGGACCAACCCAGAGUACAAGAAUGCAGGGGACGGGAAGUUGCUCGACAAGUUCUCACUGACAAGUUUGUUGGACAAUGUGAUGGUGUACUGGGUGACCAACAGUGUUACAACCUCGCUCAGAGCGUAUGCUGAAAUUGUGAUUGAUUAUGAAACCCAUACGAAAUUUGAUGAGAUAACAACAAAGGUGCCUACUUGGGGUAUAAAGUUUAAACAUGAUCUGUUAUUCCACCCCGACUUACUACUAACUUUGAAGUAUAGAAACUAUCAUGUUAGCACCGUAGUGGACGAUGGCGGACAUUUCGCUGCAUUCGAGAACCCAACCAUCAUGGGAAAGGAUAUAUACAGUGCUGUUGCUACAUUCAGACGAUUUCAACAACAUGUCGAUGUACCAACGGACUAUAUUAACUAUGAAACAGCAACAUCGGUACAUGAAUUCACAGUCAAAGAUAUCUACGGAGAAACUGUCAAACUUGAUAAAUAUAAAGGAUAUGUGCUUGUUAUUGUAAAUAUCGCGUCACAAUGCGGUCUCACUGAUACUAAUUAUAAACAACUCAACGAAUUACAUGAAAAAUAUGCAACAACUAAAAAUUUAAGAAUAUUGGCAUUCCCUUGCAAUCAAUUUGGCAAACAGGAACCCGGUACCAGCAAAGAUAUUCUUAAUUUUGCUAAAGAAAAAGAUGUUAAAUUCGAUUUAUUUGAAAAAAUCGAAGUGAACGGCCCCAAUGCUCAUCCAUUGUAUAAAUUCUUAAAGAAAAUGCAAGCUGGUACAUUCGGAGAUUACAUUAAAUGGAAUUUUAGUAAAUUUAUCAUUGAUAAAAAUGGUGUACCCGUUGAAAGAUUGGGUCCUAAUGUUUAUCCUUUAGAUAUGGAGCCUUUGUUGGCUAAAUACUGGUAAAUAACUGGCUAAAUAUACGUCAACAUGUUUCUAUAGAUAUUAACAUAAAUAUUAAAUAUAGUCAAAGCUUGGCACGCGAGAACUGGACCCCUCCAUGAGCGAGAAAUUUAGUUUUGGUACCAACAGAUUCCAUACAUGAGCGAGAAAUUUGGAUUUGGUACCAACAGACUCCCUACAUGAGCGAGAAAUUUGGGUUUGGAACAGACUCCAUAAGCAAGAAAAUCUGAUUCGAGAGAUACCUCUACAAGCGAGAAAAAAUAUCAGUCCCUUGGAAUGUUGCUGUAUUAAUAUUUAUGUUUUAAUAUCUUUAUGUAAUUAAAUAAGAUUUACUGAUAUUAUAUAUGUAUUAGAAAGUGCAUGUUAAAAACAUAAAAAAAAUAGCUUUUAACCAUGUCUUUCCACUCAAGAAACAUAUUCAAAUAUAUAUAAUCAAAAUUUGAUGAUAUUGAUUCGGUAAUGAAAAUCCACGGUAAAAAUCUUUAUUAUUGUUAGGAAAUAAAGAAAGUCCGCAAAGUUUGUGGAUGAUGUAACGUUUUGGAUUUUUAUCUCUCGCUUGCUCACUCGUUUAACACGCGGUGUCAACCCGUUGAUUACGCGGCGUUCACCCGUUGAGUGAUUUUAAAAGUAUACUUAUUAUUCUAGGUGUUUUAUAUGUCGACAAUGAAAUAUCUUGUCAUCUCUUCAAAUAAAUUAGGCAAAUAAGUGUAAUUUUUGUCUAUGGUCCUUAUUUAUUUUUAGUGACAUUAUCU